GGGAGAACUAUGAACUACGUGCAGAUCUGAACUCGGAAUACAGAGAUAGGAGAAAGGAUGCCAUCAAGAGAGUCAUCGCCAAUAUGACGGUUGGAAAGAUGUGCUCAAGAACAUGCAAACGGAAGACUUGGAACAGAAGAAGCUUGUAUUAUACCGCCCCCAACGACGACCCCGACGACCCAAUCAGCCCAAUAGGCAGCUCCAACUACAGAUCCUACCAAUUGCCAUCACACAACCACUCUCAACCUUCAAUGAGUGCACAACUCCGAGCAAACCGCGCGGCACUCUGUCCGUUUGCUGACGAAUCUAAAAGCCAUCCAGGCAUAUUGAGUGAACGCCCGAAGCCAUCUCAAUUGACCUACCAUUUGUAG